AUGGGACGCAAGUUCAACAUUUCCAGUUCCGUAGCUGUGCAUCGUGUGCCCCAGAUGACAGGGGAACAGCUCAGCUGUGGCUCCUUCCGGGGAUCACCAGUGACGGGCAUGAAGGCUCCUGAGUUCAGAGGCUCAUCGUCAGUCCGCCCCAGUACCCAGGCUGGUCUCAGGCAAGGUGAUCAUGCACGACCCCUUCGCCAUGCGGCCGUUCUUCGGUUACAACUUCGGCGACUACCUCGCUCACUGACUGAGCAUGCAGACCCGAAAGGCCCCCACUCACCUGCCCAAGAUCUUCCACGUAAACUGGUUCAGGAAGAACCCGGCAAACGGCGCCUUCCUGUGGCCCGGGUUCGGCGAGAACGCGCGCGCCCUGGAGUGGAUCUUCAAGCGCUGCGGCCGGGAGAGGGAGGAGGAGGCGGCCAAGAGGAGCAUCAUCGGCUGGCUGCCAGAGGAUGGCGCCAUCGACACCAAAGGUCUGGGCAGCGAUGUGGAUAUGGGGGCCCUGUUCGACGUGCCCAGGUCUUUCUGGCAGAAGGAGACGAAGGAGUUGAGAGCCUACUUCUCCCAACAAGUUGGAGCCGAUCUACCUGCUCAGGUGGAGGCGGAAAGUUUGUGAACUGA